AUGAACGUGGUGCCUGAAUCAAACUUCAAGAGUACCGUAUCGACGGAUCAGGCGUCUGAGAGUGUUUCAAAUGUUCUCCGGACUCUCCCUGAUACUUUGCGCCAACAAGAAGGUGGUGCCGUGCCCAUCUCUUCACAAUUGAACGAUAGACACCCAUUGGAAGCCCGUUUACAAUACUGGGAUAAGACACAACGCAAUCGUCAAUUGGAACAAUACCGUCAAUUAUUUGGUGUCGCCGAACCUAUGAAACGUGUAAUGGAACUUGAAAUUGUUGAAAGAACGGAUUUCAACCCAUUGAACCAGUCGUCGUUGCACAGGGAUAUUCUGAUGAACAAGGAUGCUAGUAUAGAUUGGGAAGAUGUGUACCCUGGUCAAGCUUUGCAAAGUGGGUUGAAUGUUGGGGAUGACGUUCAUACGCGGAUCGAGCGUCAAGUUGGUAUAUAA